GCCGGACCAUUUUGCUCGUCGCGCCAUGAGCGCUGCAAAUACGGACUCGCGUCCGGGAAAACGCGCAAGGACAGAGGAGGUGUUGACAGACCCUGCCAUAGUGCGCUCUGAUGCGCUUUGGUUCGACGAUGGCAAUCUCGUGCUUCAGGCAGGGCGCACGCAGUUCCGCGUUCACAAGAGCAUCCUUGCCACGCGGUCUAUCUUCUUCAGCGAUAUGAAGAACCUUCCUCAACCUUUGGGCGCUGAAGAAGCUCUGGUGGACGGCUGUCCCGUCGUCGAGCUGUCGGACGACACGGAGGCCGUGCAAUACAUGUUAGAGUGCAUAUACGAUACAGAGAAGCUGACAAAAGCUCCCUCGUACAAGCAGAUCAUAUUUGCCUUGCGCAUGGGCCACAAAUAUCUGGUCCCCAGCCUUUUCGAAUCGGCAGCGGAGCGCGUGCGCCGCCAGUUGCCCUCUCAGUUUACGCCCUAUUCUGCCUUGGGCACAACGGACGCCUUCAAAUGGUUCGAUCACAGCGACAAUGCCUUCGAGCUGCUCACCGUCCUCCGAGAAGUGGGCCUAGAGAAGCCUGUACCGGCUCUCUGUCUUUUCUAUAUCAUGGAAUUUCCUGCUGAAGACAUUGCAUAUGGGUGGCCAAAUCCUGGGCAGACAGCCAACCCGGACGACGUACUCAGGAUGCUCCUCGCCCGCGACAAGAUUAUCACCACGCAGAUGUCGUACGCACUGCUGUGGUCUUGGGACUGGAAUCGCAGCGAUCGUUGCAAGAAGUCUGAUCAGUGCAAUGCGGUGCGCUCAGAGUUUCGUACGCAGGCUCUGAGGCGGCUCGAGGUUUUGGGUGACGGUUUGGACGAUAAUGUCCUCUGUUUCAAAGACUGGGAAUAUGUCAAGUUGGGGCUCUGCACGCACUGUACCACACAAGCGAAACGGAUGCACGAGGAAGGUCAACGCCGGUUCUGGACCGACAUGCCCUCAGUUCUCGGUUGCAAACCUUGGGAACAGCUACAGGAUUUCAAGAUUGAAGCCUAGUACAAUGAUAUCUCUGCGGGUACAUAUCAAUCAGCAUGUACACGUCCAAGCGCGAUGCCAUUCAUUUCGACGACAACAAGUAAAAUUAUGAGUAACAGACCGUGACAAGGUG